GGCCUCACGCGGUUAAGCCCUUACCGGUAUGAACACCGAAGCAGGUGAAUAUUUCUAAUUUCGGUUCUUUCAGUUAAUUCCCGGAAUUACCUCGAUAACCGGAAAAUGCUGGAAAUGUUCUUUUCUUCGAACAUUCGGUUUAGUCUUCCACCUCUAAAUUAUGCUCCAAGUUUCUCCAAACUGUGUGAAAUAUUUUUGUUUUUCUUUGAAUUUUGCAGUGAUCGAGUUUUUAGGCAACGUUCCGUUGCUGCAGAGAUUGCCGAGUUCGUCGUUCAGGAUAAUAGCUGAAGUCGUUCAUUUUAAGCACUAUGAGAAAGGAGACUAUGUUGUUAGGGAAGGAGAAGUUGGAGACGGAACAUAUUUUGUAUGGGAAGGAGAGGCUGAAGUAUCUGGAUCAGUCCAUGCUGAAGAAGAAAACCGACUUGAAUAUCAGUUGAAAAGAUAUGAUUACUUUGGCCAUGUUAAUUCGACAUCAACUCACGUAGCAGAUAUAGUCGCUUUAACUAAGCUGACCUGCCUGUUUCUACCUCAUGAGCAUUGCACUUUGCUUCAGUCACAAUCUAUCUGGAGUACAAAUAAGACGCAUGAGACCUGUGCACUUGUGGAAAGUAUAUUGCAUUUGGAGCCUAUAGAAUUAAAUAUAUUCCAAGGGAUUACUUUGCCAGAUGCACCUAAAUUUGGUAAGGUUUUUGGAGGACAGUUCAUCGGACAGGCACUGGCUGCUGCAUCAAAAACGGUCGAUUCUCUCAAAAUUGUUCAUAGUUUGCACUCUUAUUUUCUUAUGGUUGGGGAUUUUAAUAUACCUAUAACAUAUCAAGUUAAUCGUCUACGCAAUGGUAGAAACUUUACUACCCGUAGAGUAGAUGCAAUACAAAAGGGAAACAUCAUAUUCACAUUAUUAGCCUCCUUUCAGAAAGAAGAAGAAGGGUUUGAUCAUCAAGAAGCAAUGAUGCCAUGUGUGCCAGCUCCAGAAGGGCUUCUGUCAUUGGAUGAGAUACGAGAAUCACGUCUCACUGAUCCCCGUCUUCCUAUGAGUUACCGGAAAAAGGUGGCCACAACAAAAUUUGUUCCUUGGCCGAUAGAGAUAAGGUUUUGUGAACCUAACACUAAAACAAACCAGAAUAAAUCUGAACCAAGUUUGAGAUAUUGGUUUAGAGCCAAAGGCAAACUUUCAGAUGACCAAGCUUUGCAUAGAUGUGUGGUGGCCUUUGCUUCAGAUCUGAUUUUUAGUAGUGUUAGUUUGAACCCACAGCGCAGAAAAGGUUUUAUGUCAGCUUCCCUUAGCCUGGACCACUCGAUGUGGUUUCACAGGCAACUUAGGGCUGACGACUGGUUAUUGUUCGUGAUUUUAAGUCCUACAUCCUGUGUCACCCGUGGCUUUGUUUCGGGCCAAAUGUUCAACAGAAAGGGAGAGCUCGUUGUGUCACUGACACAAGAAGCGUUGCUUAGGUUGGCUAGUCUCCCAAAUCCGUCGACUGGCUCUAAACUUUAAACUGCAUUGUAAUAUUUUGAUAUUUGGCAAUGUGUUAAGCUUUGUGGUUAAACUUUAAGACCUUUUUGCCUUGAGACUCUUCCGACAUAGAAAAGUGCCCCCUCAGGGCUCACAGCUGGCCUUAUUCCUCGAAAGGCCUUGGUAGUCAUUCAGGCACCAUCCCUCCCUCAGAAUGGUUACUCAGCGUAACCAUAGAAUACAAUCAAUUUUUCUUCUUUAAGUGCCCCCAGCCAAAAACGAAGAAG